AUGGAAAUGAAUCCCACAGGAAAUGGUUCAUCAAGUGACCAAAGCAAAAUUGUAGAGAUUAUUGCCCACAGAAACACUGAAGAGCUAAAGUUUGUUCGUCAGACUUACAGUUUUGUCUAUAACCAAGACCUCCUGCAGCUCCUCUCUCAAAAGAGCAAUCUGUUUACAAGGGUGUUAUAUCUUCAACUGAGCGAACCCCAUAACCGAGAUGCUGAGAUUAUCAGAAGAACAUUCUCUGGUAGAAGCUUGGAUCUCAGCAUACUAACUGAGAUCAUAUGCACCCGUUCUUCUUCGGACCUCAGAAUUGUUAAGGAAGCCUAUCAUUCACGAUACAAUGCUGAUCUCAGGCAAGAUAUUUCAUACAAAAUGAGCGGUAUUCUUAAAGAGAUUCUUGUAGCAGUCCUUAAUUCUAGCAACUACAGCACUGCUAGAGUCGAUGUGAGCCUCUCAAUGUGCGAUGCAAAAACACUAUAUGAAGCUGUUGGCAGUGGCAAAUACGUUGAUCAAAACAGCAUCAUUUCAAUUCUGAGUCAAAGAAGCACUUGUCAGAUAAAAUCAAUCCUUUCCUCUUACAAACAACUCUAUGGGCAUGAAUUCAUCAAGUUCUUAAAGAAGGACAGGUGUGGAGAGUUUGGAAAACAACUUCGUGUUGUAAUCCGAUGCAUUCAGUCCCCAGAGAAGCAAUUUGCAAAGCAACUGCGAGCAGCACUUAAAACUGGCAAUGCCCAAGAGACUCUGAUAAGAAUAGUAGUGACGAGAGCAGGGACUGAUAUUAGGCAGAUUAAUGCUACCUUCACUGCAAAGACUGGAUGGUCCCUGGAAAGUCUUAUAAGAAACGAAUUCAACAAUUCCAGCUGUUAUAAUACUGACGGAGCCUAUAGUUUGGUUGGCGACGUCCUUAUUGCACUUCUGAGGCGUGCCUGAACCAGUGACUUGGUGUUCAUUGCAAUAUCGAG